AUGAGUGCCCGGCAGUUAACCAACGAUGCCUCAUCUGGGGAAUUGGUGACCCUCCGGUUGAUUCUCGUUUCCGGUCGGACUCGCGAAUUUUCUUUUCCUCCAUCGAUUUCGGCUACGGAAGUCACUCAACAUGUUUUUGACAAUUGGCCUCAAGAAUGGGAAGAGGAAUCGGUCGAAUCAGCCUCGCUCCUCAAGCUGAUUUAUCAUGGACGAUUUUUGCAUGGCUCCGUCACAUUAGCGGCGUUGGCACUACCGCCUGGCAAAACGACCGUGAUGCAUCUCGUGACGCGCGAAAAUUUGCCGGAGCCUAACUCGAAUGAUUCACUCUCAAAACGGAAACGCGGUGGAUGCUGCCGAUGCACGAAAGAGAAAUCUUCUGACAAGGAGAAUGGACACCGAAGUACCAAAAAGCAAAAGCCCAGAACCCCAACCCCAGAACCACCAAAAGCCGUUCAAGCUGAUGAGUACGAAUACGAGGACGACUUCGAGGUUUAUGAGGAAGAUUUUGAAGAAGACGUUGAGGACGAGGUUCCUCAUGAUACAACGCAAAAAGGCCGGGACGCUCAACAAGGAGAGGGAACACAGCAGAAAGCUGCAGAAGUGGUGGAAGAGAACGGUAGCCCCGAGUCAACCCAAAGGACAGCGCGUGCUGAUGAAUAUGAAGUUGUUAAAGAUGAAGACGACACUCCAAUGCUCCGAAGGCUCCGAACAGCCCAAGGCGGCCGAACUCCAAUCAGACCUCCAGCAUCAGUGAUUCAGGCCAAACCCAAUGACAUUGUUGAGCAGAUCGACCGUCAUCCCAGUGCCGGGAGAAGAAUUGCCGUCGCCGAUACUGAUGUAGCCAUGCCAAUGAACUUUGGGUCUGACGGUGAUCUCCAACGACGCUAUGAAACUCUAAAACAACUUAUCGGGCUGGAAUCGGUCGGGUUUCGAGUCUUAGAACGGCCACCGAUUCGGGAUUACAAUUUAUAUUUGGAAAUCUUUGGGGAUAGUGGAAAAACACAGUCUUAUAGUCAAACUGGAGAUGAUAAUGUGAAUGAGGAAACCCAAACCGAUGAGCUGAACGGAAACAAUAUCUGGACUCAACAUCCACCUGGGGAUCUGUUUGGCUGUGGUACGGAUGCCGAUGCUCAUGUGGUAAUUACUGAUGAAGAUCUGGCACGGGAAGUCAUGAAUAUUUUCUAUAAAAGUUCUGCUGGGGAUCCGAAACUUGUUGAUUUUGUGAAUACAGCGGCGAAGGUGAUGCUCAAGUAUCUUGGGGAGCGCAAGAGUGCAUAUGUCGAGAUGAACAAUAGAAGUGAAGCUGCUUUUAGUUCUGGAUAUAAUGUAUUAACACUGGGACAACUUUCGAAAGGGUCUCGUUGCAACGUAUUGCUAAGGCCUAUCCUCGAAGAACAUACAGUUCUCUGUGUUUUUUAUGUGAAAGAUAGUGUCGCCGAGGAUCUGAUCCAAAAGUCGUUGCUGGUUGAAUUUUUUAUGGACGAUAUACGACCUCCAAAAAGAGUAUUUGUAUCUGAAGGUGAAGUGAAAUGUUGUGCUUAUUCGCCAGAUGGUACAGUACUCUUUGGUGGAGUGGCUGACGGUUCUUGUGUAGCAUGGGAUCUUCUCGAACCCGCAGCUAAUUAUGCGAAUGAGAUACCGUGGCCAGACUCAAAAGAUGACAUUGUUUUGCGAAGCCCCGCCUACGAUACAUCGUUUUUGAGCAGCACUUUCUCAUCGAACAAUAAAACCGCGGCUUGUGUGUCGAUAACAAUCAUCAACAACCCAAAAACGCAAACUUAUCAAGUGGCUUGUUUGGAUGAAUGCGGAACAAUCUCUGUUUGGUCAGUCUUACGCGAUGCCCAAACCGCAGAUAAUCUUGGAAGCCGACCCGAAUCCACGCUGGCUAUGGGUCUGACAGCACUCUUGAGACCAGAUUCUGCAAUACUGAGG